ACCGCAACAGGAACAUUUUUGUAAAUGCCUUAUAUACAAAAAAUCUGUCAUUUUAAAACUUGAUGAUUCUCUGAAUUGUGUGAUGACAAAGUAGUACCGAGACGGAAAGUAUUUUCCAAAGAAAUGGCAAUGGAAUUGACUUUCUUAGGCACAGGAUCGGCCUAUCCGUCGCCUACCAGAGGAGCGUCAUGUAUAGCACUUAGACUAGAAGAGGCUGGUGUAUGGCUAUUUGAUUGUGGAGAAGGUUCACAGGUACAGGUGAUGAAGAGUAAUGUAAAACCAGGAAAGGUUUCCAAAAUAUUCAUCACUCAUCUCCAUGGAGACCAUAUGUUUGGACUGCCUGGCCUAAUGUGCACGAUCAGCCAGAACAAUCAAAGAACUGAUCCUGUCGAAGUUUAUGGUCCAGUUGGCCUGCGGAAAUUCUUGCGGGUCAGUUUGGAAUUGUCAAGGUCACUGCUUGGGUUUAGUUACACCGUCCAUGAACUGGAAUGUUUGACCAGUCAGUAUCCAGAUGAUUGGAACAAGAGAUGGAAGGUGGAUCAUUCAUCUUCAAGCUCUAGAUGUCAUCCCAAUGAGAUAGAUGGCACCACAUUACAACCAGAUCAGAACUCAGUCUGGCAUCUUUUCUCUGAUGAUAAGAUGGAGGUAUCAGCAAUUUGGCUAAAGCACAGGAUUCCUUCAUUUGGUUUCAUUAUUCAGGAAAAACCACUUCCAGGAAAAUUGGACCCAGUGAAACUGAAGGCACGAGGACUCAAGUCUGGCCCAGAGUAUGGAAAAUUGAAGCAGGGGUUAUCUGUCACUCUUCCUUCAGGGGAAAUAAUAAAACCAGAAGAAGCCUUAGGCCCCCCACGACCUGGUCGAAAGAUUGUUAUCAUGGGAGACACUUGUGAUUCAUCAGAGCUCUACAAAAUCGGUCGUGAUGCAGACGUCUUGGUACAUGAGGCUACGUUGGAGAAUGAACUUAAGCACAGUGCAAUUGAAAAAGGCCAUUCCACACCAGAUAUGGCAGCUAGACUUGCAUCAGAGCUCAAAGUUAAACAGUUAGUUCUUACUCACUUUAGUCAGAGAUAUAAACCAAUGGCUGCUGAAAUCAAGGAAGGAGAUGAGACUGUGAAAAAGUUACGUCUUGAGGCAAUGGAGAUUCUGAGAGACGACCAAGUGGUGGUGGCUGAUGACUUCAUGUCACUAAAUAUCCCAAUGAAGUCUGCUGCAAAUUCCUAGCACACCUUGUUUUAUUUCGAAAUGUGUAGGAUUUACGUACCAGGAUUUCUAGGCUGGAUCAAGGCAUUAUGCUGGUAUACAACAAUAUACCACAGUCCUUUUGUUUGCCCAAGCAAUAUAUAUUAAGGGUAAACAAUGUCAUCAUCCCAAAUUCUAGUAAAUUGUUUGAUCCUAUCAAUGAGACUACUCAACCAUGUAAAUUAACAUGGGUAUGGUCCAUCCAUCUGUGAGGUCAAUCUUCUCAGGGAUAGUAUCAAAGCCAACCAGAACUCAAUAAUGGACAAUGAAGCCCAAGGAAAUAUCUGUCAGCAAUCACUGAGUUUUGUUUUUGGCACUUUUGAUGUAACUAAGGCAAAAUUAUUACAAUUCAAAAGCACCCAUGAGUAUGGCCACCAAUAUUAUAUUAUAUUGCUGAUAUUUUGGAAGGGUCAGAUAAAGCUUCAUACUAGGUACCCUAGUAUUCAUUUUACUUGAGUGCACUGUGACAGUUCCUAUGUAAUGUCAUGUU